AUGUCCGAGAGCGCAGGGGUUCAGCAGGGCUCCCCGGCCAUCGGUGCGGCGGGAUCGGCUCCUGCGGCUCCGGGAGCCGGGGGAACGGAGGGUUCGGGCGCCACCGUAGGAUCGGCACGAAUCGCUGUGAAGAAGGCGCUUCUCCGCUCCUCCCCGCGCCCUAAGAAACUGGAGAAGCUCGGAGUGUAUUCCUCUUGCAAGGUAGUUUGUCGUCCAUUUAUUACAUUAUUUUGCAAUUAUUACAUAUUUUGCAAUGUUUUGCAAGUGGAUUGUGUUUCAGAUGCUUGUUGGUUUGCAGUGCUGCCAAAAUGCAAGCGCAGUAAAGGAAGCCAUUGUCGCACUCAAAUAUUUUUUCUCAUAUCCCUCAUUCUUUAGUUAUGCAAAAUGUUCCUUUUGCUAAAUAAUAUCAGGGACAAAAAACGGCAACAUGUUCAGUAUGGCGCUCCCAUAUUUACUAUUACAAUGUUUCUUUUGUAGGCGGGAGAGUGGAUUUAAACAAUCUCUUGCGCUUUGACAAAUUCAGGUUAGCGAGAGGCUGCGUGGUGGUGCGUAGCCUUAAUGCCUUCAAGCUACGGGAGUGUAAUUCAACCCACUGGAAAAGUGACAGUGUUGUUGCUGUCUGUCAGCGUAGCAUUGUAAAAUAUUAAGUAUUUAUUUCGUUUAAAUAUCUUCUGCAAGGAGAGACAGCGUCUUUGUUUUGACAGGGUGACAGCUGCUGGGGGCGGAGUUUGUUGUUGUUCAUCGGCGCAUGUUCCUGUGCGCAGCUCCAGCUGAAAAUAAGAACAGAUUUGUAGCACUUGUAAUGAGAAGGCUGUCCCACAGGCGCGGACUAGCUAUGCAUUUUAGUCAUUUAGCUUUAGCAGAUGCUCUUAUCCAGAUCAAUUUACAGUUAGUGCAUCCAUCUUAAAGGGAAAAUCCACUAAAAAACUACUAAAAUAUCGUUUUUGAGUAGAUUUUCCCUUUAAGAUAGCUAGGUGAGACAACCACAUAUCACAGUCAUAGUAAGUACAUUUUCCUCAAUAAAGUAGCUAUCAGCAGAGUUAGCGCUAGUAUGCCACUUGUUUACCAAGCUGUCUGUCACUUGUCAACUUAUGAGGAUAUCAGAGAAGUUAAAGAGGUUAAACACGUAAUAGCAUGUGUGUGUGUGCUUAUAUGGCUUUAUAACCCUUGUGACCCUGUGCUGUAGGCUGAGGGGGCCUGUAAGUGUAACGGCUGGAAGAGCCAGAACCCCCCUCCCACACCACCCCGUACGGACCAGCAGCCAAACACUGUCAACCUACUGGAGACCUGCCGCAGUUGUUCCCACACACUGGGUAAGACUAGGGGGAGAGAGGACACAUUAGGAGGAGUUCCCUGUGUACUUAAGGGGGAGAGAGGGUCAGAGGGGGGACAUGGGGAUGGGGUGCUACUGCCUUGUGUACCAGAGGAAGAGGAGGGGGGACAGAGAGCACAGGGUGGGUCCUGAUGGCAAGCAGGCAGGCAGGAGAGUGAGUUGAGGUUGUAAGGGCAUGGUACAGGCAGAUGUAAUGUUCUAGAAAAGCCAGGUAAUAAGCAGGUCUUCAGAAAAACAAAAGAAAGUAUGUCCUCUCGAUCUCUCUCUCUUUCACUGUCUCUCCCUCUCAGGUGACCAUGUGACCCACCUGGAGAACGUCUCAGAGGAGGAGAUGAACAGGCUUCUGGGUAUAGUCCUGGACGUGGAGUACCUGUACACAUGUGUCCACAAAGAGGAGGACGCAGACACCAAACAAGUCUACUUCUCCCUCUUCAAGGUAGGCCACAGUUCAACAUGUCAACGAAAGAUUACUUUCAGUGCAUCGGUAUCACAAUUUCUUCUUUCUCCUUCAGCUGUUGAGGAAAUGCAUCCUACAGAUGGGCAAACCUGUGGUGGAGGCACAGGAAAGUCCUCCCUUUGAGAAACCCAGCAUCGAACAGGCAAGUGCACACACACACACACACUGAGGAAAAGAGACACAUUUAGAUCAGACUUCCACAAGAUGUACACAUUAUAUGUUGUUUACAUGAUCUCUGUGUCACUUCAACAGGGGGUGAAUAACUUUGUCCAGUACAAGUUCAGCCAUCUUCCCUCCAAGGAGCGUCAGACCAUCGUGGAGCUGGCCAAGAUGUUCCUCAACCAGAUCAACUACUGGCAGCUGGAGACGCCCUCACAGAGACGACAGCGGGUGCCUGCUGAUGAUGCUGCUGGGUACAAAGUCAACUACACUAGGUAGCAGGCACCCUUUGAUGAUGCGAUCGCAAGUACUGGCAGGCGCACUUUGAUGAUGUGUUCACAGUCUUGACAUGUUUAUACCUACUGCACUGACCACACUGUGGGCUGGCUUCAUGCUCUUAAUGCUUAUGGAGGUGCCCAGUGCCCACCUUCAUUUCUCAAACAUCGGGUACUGUAGCUCUGGUGUGUUUAGUGCCCAGUACCCCCAGCCACUCCCGUAACUUGAACCUUGGUACCAACAGAUGCACUGUCCUCCUAGAGUUGAUGAAAACCUCUUCAUACCAAUAGAUGAUGCACACAUUUCAUUCAAAUUGUAUCACCGUUACUUAUAGCCCAUAAUCAAUGUUUUUAUCCCAGAUGGCUGUGCUACUGCAAUGUCCCCCAGUUCUGUGACAGUCUACCACGGUAUGAGACGACCCAGAUCUUUGGUCGGACCCUGCUGGGCUCAGUCUUCACUGUGAUGAGAAAACAGCUGCUAGAGCAGGCCAGGCAGGAGAAGGAUAAGUUACCCCCGGAGAAACGCACUCUCAUCCUUACACACUUCCCCAAGUAAGAGACACACUCUCACACACGCACACAGGCACUCACACACACACACACACACACACACACACACACACACACACACACACACACACACACAUACACACAUACACACACACACACACACACAUGAGGUAGAGGAGGAUUUCUAGUCUCUGUCUACAGUAGGUGUGAUGAUGAUAUCUGUGUGCUGUAGAUUCCUGUCCAUGUUGGAGGAGGAAGUGUACAGUCACAGCUCUCCCAUCUGGAGCGAAGACUUCCUGGUUGGAUCCUCAGGAGGACAGAUCGCCAUCCAUACAGGUAAACACACCUGACCCUUGAACUGUAGCCAGUGUUAAGAUAUGUGGGGUAGUUUAGUUAGGCAACACACUACCACAGGGGUAUUUACAACCAGGGGGGCUCCGCGAAUAAAUAUAUUUUUUAAAAGGGAUUUUUCCCCAAAAUGUUUUUAUGAAUAUCGCUAGCAACAAUAGAAUAAACACAUUUUGAAUUCCGUACCUACAGUAGAAAAGAGGAGAAUAUAUUAUUUCUAAAGAUGUCAACUUUAUUUAUCAACUCCUAAUAUUGAGCAAAUUACACUCACUUGAGUAUCUGACAAAGGCUUUGAAAAAGCACCCGUGAAUAGGAUUCAAUUGGGACAAGUGGUAAGCUGGUAAGCUUUCUUGACUUAGACAUUUUUGCCAACACAUGGCUAACCUUCUCUUUAGCGAAAAUAUGUUUGGAGUCCUAGCUAAUAGGCGAUGUUAGAGUUUACACUUCCUCUUCCAAUUAUAAUGUGGGGAGGUAAAAAUAAUGAACAAUUAUCUACCAAAUCUAUUCAUUUUAAAAUGUUGAUUAGAUCUCCUUACCAUUAUCAUUCUCCUGAUGAUAAGACAAUACAUGUGAAUGAAUUGUUUUUGCUAACGUAUGAUGGGGUUCCCUGGGUCGCCUGUUUGCAUGGGAGUGGGUCCCUGGGCAAGAAAAGGUUGAAGACCCCUGCACUACCAGGAUACACUUCCACACCCCAUCCCCUGGUUGCAGCACCAACCGGGUCAAGGCCGGUGCUCUGCUAGGAAGCCUUCAUAAGCACAUCAGCUGCAGGCAAUUAGGGUGAUCGUCAGUCUGUCCCAGCUGGCAGAGCCGUGAGGCUCCUGGUUUGUUUGGAGGCCAUGAGGCCUUUCGUUUGGCCUGUUUUUCCUUUUUGUAUUUGUAUUUUUGUCACCAACUGAACAAAUACUAAUCUCCUUGGACCAAGAGGUUAGGAAGGAGCUGGUCCUGGACCCCGGGAAGUUUGCUUUUUCCUGGGCACAUGUACAUAAAACGUGGCCCUCAUACUCUGAUUUCUCACAUAGAUGCACAUAUCAAAUCAGGUUACAGACCAUGCAACUAGGCCUAAGACCCCUUAACCUCGUCCCCAGGCUCCUGGCACAUAGAGCUUCGGAACAUUUUGCCUCAAAGUGGGACUUGAAAGGUGUGUGGUUGAAAUUGAGGCGGGGGAGGGUGCAAGCCUGCUAUAGCUGUAUUGGAUGGGACUUACAUUUAUAUCACAGCAACAGUGUUGCCAUAUUGGCGGUUUUCCUGAGAAAUUGGGCUACUUUGAAAACAAUGUCGCGGGUGAAAAUGUAUUGGUUGCGGGUUUUUGGGCUAUUUCUAAGUUGCACCGCGGCAUUUCUCUUAAAUGUAUCUUUCCCUGUGACCUGCUGCUGACAGUGAGGCAGGCUGUUUAUGGUGAGGAGGUCCAGAGGGGUGAUCAUUUCAGUGAUUGAAAUUACGACCUCAUCCUCUGUAGCCUAUUCCAGCAGGCUAUUGGGAAACACAAGCACUUCUUACUUCGAAAUCGCCUCGCUAUUCAUGUUGAAUAAAUGUGUCUGUUAAUUUGAACUAAGCAAGCUGCUAAAUCGUUCAAUUUACAUCUUGCCUACAUCUUGUCUAGGCUACUGUAGGCUAUCUAAAAGAAGAUGUAGGCCAAUCAGGGGCUAUAGGCUACCUGUCUUUAAGCAAACCAUGACAAAAUGGAGUUACAAUCAGAAACCCAGAUUUUAGUCUGUAGCUUAUGCCUGUUGAAAUGACAAGUCAAUCUAGCAAAUAGGCCAUUUAUAAUGGUUUGUAGUCUUAACACCUGGCACAUAAAAGCAGCAGAAUUGCCAGAAAAUAGCCUAACAUUAGUUAUUUAUGUUCGUCCAUGUGUUCAGAGAUUUCGAGAUCCUCUGUCCAACUUUCGUCACUCAAACUCUCCUGUAUAGUUAUGCACAUGCACAAAGGGGAUUUAUUUACAGUUAUGCACAAAUGGGAUUUAUUUACUGGUUCAAGCCCUGAAUGCUGAUUGGCUGAAAGCCGUGGUAUAUCAGACCAUAUACUGUCCCAUGGGUAUGACCUUUUUUUUUUUUUACUGUUCUAAUUACGUUGGCAACCAGUUUAUAAUAGCAGUAAGGCACCCCGGGGGGUUGUGGUAUAUGGCCAAUAUACCACGGCUAACGGCUGUAUCCAGUGUUGCGUCAUGCUUAAGAUCAGCCCUUAGCUGUGGUACUGUAUAUUGGCCAUAUACCAUACCCAGUUGUGCCUUAUUGCUUAAUCAUAGCAGUCAAACAAGUGAAAUCGACAUCCAUUGAUGGAAAAGGAUCUGGCAAGUUUAAUAAGGGCGAAUGAUAUUUUCUCUUGCGACAUAUUCAACUUCCUUUAUUACAUCAUGUCAUAGUUCGCAAUAAUUAUUAUUUUGAGGAAAAUCUAAUUUUCCUUCUAACAUUGUUACAAGUUACUACGAUAUUCCUUCUUAAUUGACUCGAUAACGUUAUGGAAAAAGGGUUUAUUGUAUAAAUAUGGCAAGUCCUCUAUUGCUGUAAAAAAAAUAAAUGGGGCUAGUUUUCAAGGCCUUUUGGGGGGGUUUUGAGUGGUCAUUGGGCUGGAAAUUCUAUCUAGACCUGGCAACCCUGCACAGCGACCAUAUUAUUUUUUGAACUCACUUCCUUGUUUAGCCCAUAGAUGCUCAGGCUUUGAAAGUUGUGAUGUGAUUGAUAUGAUGAGUGCUUCUCUCCACUGUUAAGGUAAUCUGAUGAUCUCCCUUGUGUAUAAUGACAGUGAUCAGUGCGCCCCCGGUGGCCAGGCCUCUGUACUACAGCACCAGCCCAGUAGCAGUGGACCCAUCCAGCUGUGGCAGUGUCAGUCCUGCCAGGAAGACUGCCUCUGCUCUGGAACCCAGUCCAGGUAAACACAACAGGCUCUAGACACAGACCUAGGAUCAGUUUACCCUCCACAAAUUAUAAUCUUAACCAUUAGGCUCAUUCAUCCCCCCUCCCCUCCCCUGUAACUAUUCCCCAGGUCAUUGCUGUAAAUGACAAUGUGUUCUCAGUCAACUUACCUGGUAAAAUAAGGGUAAUAAAAAUAAAUAUUGUGGCCUUACAUCAGUUUCUAGGGGCAUCUUGACAUAUGAUCUACCUGUGUAGGUGGGCAGAAGCGGAAGCCAUCGGAGCCCCUCCCCCAUGAGGAGACUAAGAAGCUCAGGAUCGUUGGCGACAUCCCCAUGGAACUCAUCAACGAAGUCAUGGCAACCAUUACUGACCCGGCCUCCAUGCUGGGACCAGAGGUAACAUCAAACACUCAGUCAGUCUAACAUACAGUCAUCAAUAAUUCCAUUGCUUAACACUCUAUUCCAUCUCAGUUAAAAAACUGUUAGUGCAUGGAUAUUUGAUUAUGAUUGCCCCCCCCCCCCCCCAGUAAGCCAAUGUUUUAGAGGCAGUAUUAUGGAGGUUUGAAGGUAAUGAUGAUGUUGAAGCUACUGCUGCUGCUGCUGAUGACGAUAAUGAUGAUGGGACACUGCUAAAUCAAUAUUAGUACUGUAAUAGGACUUGAUGAUGAGUAAGGCUGACGUCAUCCCUCUCCCCCCCAGACCAGCCUGCUGUCGGCCCACUCAGCCCGUGAUGAGGCGGCCCGCCUGGAGGAGAGGAGGGGGGUGAUAGAGUUCCAUGUCAUUGGGAACUCCCUCAACCAGAAGCCCAACAAGAGGAUCCUGAUGUGGCUGGUGGGCCUCCAGAACGUCUUCUCCCACCAGCUGCCUCGCAUGCCCAAAGAAUACAUCACACGCCUCGUCUUCGACCCGUGAGUGUUACGGUAGAGAUGGACCCUGGUUGACCCCAAAGAGAAAAAUAGUCCCAACUUUGUAGCACAGAAAGAAAAAUAUUUAUAUCUGUAGUCGCCAACCUUUUCUGAGAAGAUCACUUUCUAACUCAAAAUGCAAGCUGAGCUCUACCUGAGAUUUUUUUUAAACAUGAGCUUAUGCAACAUUAACCAAUCAAAAACAGUUCUGUAGCAUUGAGGUUUGUGCAGUAGGCUAUAGGCCCAAUACAUUAUCAAUGCAUAUUGGCUAUGCUUGAAUUGGCCUGCCAAUGUUGUUCUUCUCAGACCAUAUUGAAAUUAUAUAUUUUUUAAAUGGGUAUAUGAUCACACUGGUAAUAGAUCAUUUGGUAAUAGAUCAUUUGUUGUAUUACUUUAGGCACAGCUGAGUGAGCAUAAUCAUUAGCUUAUUUUUUUACUGGCCUGAUGGCCUGCAUCUGAUGGUCAGUCUGAGGGGAGGGAGGGAGCAGCGGUGAGGCUGCCUCUCACCCGAAUCACUGUCCCUCCACUCUCCCUCCCUCAGUCUUCCAGCUGAUGGCGAAAGUCGCACUGCAUUAUUUCUGCCUCAUGCACCAGUUCAUCUUGUUACUCCUAUGACCAGAGAAAGUUAAAUAUUCAUUGAUAUUAAAAAAGACACAAGCUGCUAAUAAUGACAACGCAAGCUUAUCGGUACACUUUGCUAUAGUCAUUAAUUGCAGCUGCAGUGCUGGUUGUAGUGUGAGUGGAAGUAGGGAGAAAGCACAUUUGAUGGUUUAUAAAAGUUUUGAACAAAGUGUUGACAGUGCUGAAUAACAACUUAAACAGUAACUUACUCUUUGCUGUAUUCGUUGAGUCUCAAGUCAGGUUUUAAAUGUUUUGAAAUCUCACAGUAUCAACUUUGCUGUGCAUUCAAGGCUUCUUUUUACAGUCUAUGGCUCAAGGAAACUGUGCAGACGCGGUGAUCUAAACUAUCUGAUCUAACUAGCUGAAUCAAGUGCACAUUCCGACAACGGCACAAAACGAAUACCGAAAAAAUAAGAAUGCAUGGCUUUAUCGUUGGGUUAUUCUGAAAUGUUUGGUAAUCGACUAGGAAUGCCUUGGAGAUUGGUGACCACUGCUUUAUAUGAAGUUGCUCUACAGUUGUAACCAAAAUGUAAUUACUUGGUUCAUAACAUUUGACACAGAGAGAGAUAUGUUACAUUACAUGUAUGUUUGACCCCUCAAUGUUGUGGCAACCAUUGAACCUUGAACCUGGCCAUAGUAUGAGUUGUUGAGAUGACAUUAUCAUUGAAGUGAAUCAGAAAAAGGGAACAAUUUACUUCCUCUCCAAACAGGAAGCACAAGACGCUGUCGCUGAUCAAAGAUGGCCGUGUGAUUGGAGGGAUCUGUUUUCGGAUGUUUCCCUCACAGGGUUUUACCGAGAUUGUGUUCUGUGCCGUCACCUCCAACGAGCAGGUCAAGGUACGACACUGCAGCUCUUUUAGCCUGGUCCCAGCUCUGUUUGUACCGUCUUUCCAACUCCUAUGGUAAUGUUUGACAUGACAGUGACCAUAGGACUUGGCUAUACACAAACAACAGUUCUGGGACCAGGCUACAGUUCCUCUUCUGGUCAAAUUUCUGUUGGUCGUUACGGAUAUGCCUCAGUCUUCUUGAUUGGUAAAUGUUAACUUUGACCCCUACCUAUCGUUUCCAGGGGUAUGGCACUCACCUGAUGAACCACCUGAAGGAGUACCACAUCAAGCACGACAUCCUCAACUUCCUCACCUACGCAGACGAGUACGCCAUUGGCUACUUCAAAAAGCAGGUCAGUACAUGAUUGGCUGCUUAAAAAGGUCAGCAAAUGGCAUUAUUGGUUAUCUUGCUAUGUUAGGGAAACAUCAAUAAACAGGGUGUCUUUGUGAAAUGGACUUCUCUUACAGUUGUCUCUCUCUCUCUCUCUCUCUCUGUCUCUCUGUCUCUCUGUCUCUCUCUCUCUCUGUCUGUGUCUCUGUGUCUCAGGGCUUCUCUAAAGACAUCAAGGUUCCCAAGGCCAAGUAUCUGGGAUACAUCAAAGACUAUGAGGGAGCGACGCUGAUGGGCUGUGAGCUCAACCCCAACAUCCCUUACACCGAGUUUUCUGUCAUCAUCAAGAAACAGAAGGAGGUGUGUGUGUGCAUGUGCCUACAAACAUGUCUAUCUGUAUAAUACAUGAGUUACCUCAAUUUUCUCUCUCUUUCUGUCUCCCUCCCUCCCUCUCUCUCUCUCUUUCUGUCUCCCUCCCUCCCCCCCUCUCUCUGUCUCAGAUCAUACAGAAGCUGAUCGAGAGGAAGCAGGCUCAGAUCAGAAAGGUCUACCCAGGACUUUCCUGUUUUAAGGAAGGAGUUCGGCAGAUUCCCAUUGAGAGCAUUCCUGGAAUACGUUGAGUUUCUCCCCCUGUCAUUAUAUGCCUAAUUAGUCUACCUUCAGCAAAGGUUCAAAAGCAAAUCUAAAGAGAGGUAGCAGUGAAGUGGGGUAGGAAAGAAGUGUUUGGACAGUGUCUCUAAUUUAACUCAGCUCCUCUUUGUCACCAGGAGAAACUGGAUGGAAACCGGUGGGCAAAGGGUGGGUCUUUCAGCUCCUUAUAGCUGCAUCUAUUGUGCAUACCAUUUUAGUAAAAACAUUUUUUUAAAAUGCUUUCAUCGUGGUAACUCUGACAGGAAAUUAGGUGAUAACAACUUCCCGUUUCCUGUUGUGAUCCCAGUAAGGAGCUGAAGGAUCCAGAUCAGCUGUACAGCACCCUGAAGACCAUCUUACAACACGUUAAGGUGAGGGACACAUGCACACAACUCGCAGACAUGUACGCACAAGCGUGCGCACACAUACACACACACAGGUUUCUCACUAUGUGUUAUGUGUUAUAGAGUCACCAGAAUGCCUGGCCGUUCAUGGAACCAGUGAAGAAGACUGAGGCUCCUGGCUACUACCAAGUCAUCCGCUUCCCCAUGGGUAUGUAUUGCACUACAUAUGGAACACAUCUGUGCAUGGAUCAACUCUUCAGGGGAAGGAAUAUAGCAGUACAUAACUUGUAAGAAAACAAAUAUGGAUAGUUGAAUUGAGUAUAGUUACCUUAGUCAGAGACAGACACGUAAUGGUUAGUGAAGUCAUAUUGUGUCAUGGUUAAUCAGAUCAGAGUUUGGUUUGGUUUCAUUUGAUCAUUUAGACUAGAGGUUAAUCAAGAGUCAUGUUAAUGUUGUAUUGUGUGAUUAUCUCCAGACCUGAAGACGAUGUCGGAGCGUCUGAAGAGCAGGUACUACACCACACGGAAGCUCUUCAUGGCCGACAUGCAGCGCAUCUUUACAAACUGUCGAGAGUACAACCCUCCAGAGAGCCAGUACUACAAGUGUGCCAACCUGCUAGAGAAGUUCUUCUACAACAAGAUUAAGGAGGCGGGCCUCAUUGAGAAGUGAUGGAUGGGAGGGGCUUCAAGGGAGAUGGACGGGGCUUCAAGAGAGGGUGUGGCUUAGUUCUAAGGAUGUCUAAAGGUUUUUAUUGUCUUCGUCUUUAUCUUUCUACUGUUGUCAACCAGAAAAACAGUUGGAUCGGCUAUAUCCAGUAGGGAGGAGGGUUUUAGGUUCAUUAGAAUACUCAAUAUCUGUUGUUCUAUCUCUCUCUUCUUCUCUCCAUCCUUGUCAUACUGCCUCCUCUGGCUUUUACUGGCUUUUAUCAGUCUCUGCUUCUCCCUUGCUCCACCUUGUCUUUGUUGAGUCAGGAAAACAGAUGUCAUGUAGAAACUCCACCUGUACAGCUAACCUAAUCCUACAUCUGUUCAGAGUCAUACUACAUGUAGACGUCGCAUCUGUGAAAAACUGGACUCUGAGAAUAUGGGGAGGGAUAGUCAGCCAGUUACUGAGCCAUUCAGUCUGUCUGUCUCCAGAUUGGAGUUACUGGGUUGUAAUGGUAGGCUGAAGUUGCCCCUAGACACUGAUCCUG